CUCCAUCGAAAGCGCGCAUCUUGCUGCUCCACACUCUCACCGCGAUGAUCCACUGCUGCACCCUCUCAGACAACCUUCACUUCACUUCUACCCUCAUCGAACCCUUAAGUCGACCGCCGCGCCGUUCCCAUGCUCCGCACUCAUCCUGAGAUGCGACACCCCUGCUCGAUAUCCCGGAGAAUAGCCACAUCUCGCGUCGCCCCUCGCGGGUAGAGAGCAUGCCCGACGCGGGGACGCCUGGCGCAGCCGCCGCUGCCGGUGGUGGUGGUGGUGGUGGUGGUGGUGGAGGUGGUGCGGCCGGCGACGGAACUGAGAGCGGCCGCCACCGACAUCGAACACAGCAGCAGGGAGAUGCGGAGAGGCCGGAGUCGUCCGCUUCCCCGCCGCAAAGCGCAUCCGGUGUGCUGGAUAAGUUGUUUGGAAAGAGGCUGCUGCAGGCUGGCAGACACGUCAUGUCACAUAAGUCUUGGAUGAAAACGGUGCCCACGGAGAACUGUGAUGUCCUCAUGACAUUUGCAGAUACUACAGAUGACCACACGUUGCUAUGGCUACUCAACCACAUCCGGCUGGGGAUUCCAGAGCUCAUCAUUCAAAUUCGUCAUCAUAAGCACACGCAUGUCUACGCAUUCUUCGUCACCGCCACCUAUGAGAACUUGUUACGAGGUGCUGAAGAAAUGGGCCUUAUGAAGGCGUUGAAACCCGAGUUUGGAGGAGGAACCCGGAGCUUCUCCUGCGAGGAAGACUACAUCUACGAGAACAUCGAGAGCGAGCUAUGCUUCUUCACAUCGCAGGAGCGGCAGAGCAUCAUUAAAUACUGGCUGGAUAAUCUACGAGCCAAACAUGGGGAGGUGCUUCAUAACAUCAACUUCAUGGAAGGUCAACCAAUCAUUCCGGAGCUGAGUGCACGAGGUGUGAUUCAGCAGGUGUUUCCCCUCCAUGAGCAGCGGGUCCUGAGUCAGCUGAUGAAGUCUUGGGUCCAAGCAGUUUGUGAAAAACAGCCCUUAGAUGAUAUCUGUGACUAUUUUGGGGUAAAGAUAGCCAUGUAUUUUGCCUGGCUGGGGUUUUACACCACCUCCAUGUUGUAUCCUGCUGUGAUCGGCUUCGUGCUGUGGAUGCUCACUGAGGCGGAUCAGACCAGCCGUGACAUCUGCUGCGUGGUCUUUGCGCUCUUCAAUGUGGUGUGGGCCACUUUGUUUCUUGAACGGUGGAAGAGAAGGGGGGCGGAGCUGGCUUACAAAUGGGGAACCCUGGACCCGCCUGCCGAAUCCCUGGAGGAACCACGUCCUCAGUUCCGGGGGGUCAAGCGCUGUAGUCCCGUCACCGGAUGUGAGGAGUUCUACUAUCCACCGUGGCGGAGACGCGUGUUCAGGUGGCUGGUCAGCUUGCCCAUCUGUCUUCUCUGUCUCUGUUUUGUCUUCCUGGUCAUGCUCAUCUGCUUUGAGCUGCAGGAGUUUGUAAUGGGCAUCAAGGAAAUGCCUCGACUGGCUCGCUUCAUCCCUAAAAUCAUGCUAGCUAUCACUGUGACUGCCUGUGACGAGGUGUACAGGAAAAUUGCCUGCUGGCUCAAUGACAUGGAAAACUAUCGACUCCAGAGUGCCUAUGAGAAAAAUCUCAUUAUCAAAAUGGUUCUUUUUCAGUUUGUGAAUUCAUAUCUCAGCCUUUUUUACAUUGGAUUCUACCUCAAAGACAUGGAGCGUCUCAAAGAGAUGCUGGCCACUCUGCUCAUCAUACGUCAGUUCCUUCAAAAUGUGAAGGAGGUGCUGCAGCCUUACGUGUAUGAGCACCACAAGCUGGGCGAGCUCACUUUGCGAGCUAUGUGGGACCUGCUGCUCUCAGUGCUGCUAAAAUACGCCCGGCUGGCAGCUGGAAAAGUCCUGACCUCUCCCACCGACCCGGGCAUGCCAGGACCUGGUCUGAGGGGCACCAGACCUGGGUUGUGGCAGGCAGACAGGAGGGAAAGGAAGUGUCUGAAUGGAGGAUGUGGGGUCCUUGAUGAAGAGGAGUGUGGCGAGAGAGACGAGGCUGACAGUGGGAGGUUCAGUGAAGGAGAGACCGAGGAGGAAGGUCUGAUCGACUGCGGUUUGAAACUGAGGAAAGUCAGCUUCAUAGAGAAGAUGGACAGGAGGGCAGCAUGCAGGGGCCAGCCCAUGAACAACAGUUACACAGAGGAGGGCAGUCCGACCAUGGUGGAAAAAGGACUGGACCCCACCUCUGUGUUUGAAAUAUGUGACGACGACACCGAUAACGGCAUCCAUGAUGUGAAGGAGGCAGGUGGGGGAGCGGCAUGUGCGGCCGAAGGGAUCGGUUACGCCGUCGGUGCCACUCCACCUGCAUCGGGGAGCGAGGGCAGCGGGUCGUUGCGACACCGCAGACGAGGAAGGAGCGCCGAGCGGGCCGAACCCAGAGCCAAGAGGGAAUCGUGGAUCGACCCUCCGGCGGUGAAGGAGCGCGCCGCGCUCGCUCAGGCGGAGAUGGAAAGCUGCAUGCAGACCUAUGAGGGAACCUUCCAGGACUACCAGGAAAUGUUUGUCCAGUUUGGCUACGUGGUGCUUUUCUCCUCGGCCUUUCCUCUGGCUGCCAUGUGCGCACUCAUCAACAACAUCAUUGAGAUACGCAGCGACGCCUUCAAGCUCUGCACGGGUCUGCAGAGGCCCUUCGGUCUCAGAGUGGAGAGUAUUGGCCAGUGGCAGACUGCAAUGGAAGCCAUGGGUCUGAUUGCCAUCAUUGUGAACUGUUACCUGAUUGGCCAGUGCGGUCAGCUACAGCGCCUCUUCCCCUGGCUAAGCCCUGAGAUGGCCAUCAUCUCCAUUGUGAUCCUUGAGCACUUUGCCGUCCUCUUGAAGUACGUCAUCCAUGUGGCCAUUCCCGACAUACCCACGUGGGUCAGAGAGGAGAUGGCCAAACUGGACUAUCAGCGCAGGGAAGCCUUUAAGAAGCACGAGCGGCAGGCCCAGCAGCACUACCAGCAGCUGCAGAGGAAGAAGAGGGAGGAAGAGGAGCGGCAGAGGCAAGCGGAGCACAUGGCCCGCAGGGAGAGGGACAGGGAUGACGGUAAGGGCGACUCCUCCGGGGAUCACCAUCACGACAAAAGUCACGGCAGCAAAUCGCGUCCUGCCGGUGCGGGCGGAGGCUCGGACAAGCCCAAGAGGCCCAGCUCUCUGUUAGCCAACAACAACGUGAUGAAGCUGAAGCAGAUCAUACCGCUGCAGAGCAAGUUCUCAUCAGGUGGCGGCGCCCGCUCCCCUCAGUCCCCAACUGGCGGCGAAGCAAAGCUGCCCGGCUUCCUCAGCUUUAAAUUCCUCAAAUCACCCGACAAUAAGAAGGAGUGUGCGGCGGCCAUCACCGCCAACAAUGCUGCAACGACGGCAUCAUCUUCAUCAUCAGGUAGCAGCUCCCAGGAGCGUUCUCAGUCACCCAGCAAGGCCUUCAACCCUGGCAAACUGUUUAAUUUCGGCAAAUGUGAAGCGGGGACGCCGCCGCUCAGAUGCGGGGAGGCACCAUCUUCACAGACCUCAGCUUCCAGGUCCGACUUGAACGGCAUUCCCGACGAGAUCCCCUCACCCGGAGGGGAGGGCUCUGAGAGCGGACACGCAACCGAACUGGACCCGAAAGUUUAGUAGCUUAGAAGUAGGACCGACAAACAAAAUAGGCUUUACAAGAACAACACAAUCAUGUCUGCAAUACACAAAGAAAUGCAUGAGCUGCGUUUCCAAUAUUUUCAAGCCUUCAAAGCAAAAAGCUGUGAUUUUUAAUUUCUUCUACUAUGGGCGAAUUGAGAACAUCAGAAGGGGCUCCCAAAAGUCUGAUGAAAAAUGUGAUUGUACUUAAAAAAAAAAAAAAAAAAAAAGGACCACUGAGAGUGUUUUAAUCAUCCCAAGUCAAUAUUAGAAGUGUCUUGUUUUUAACUGUGACAUUUAGGGCCCCUCUUUGAAUAGCAAUAUUUAAUAAGUCCUUUCACCUCCUUGAAGAAUCGCCAGCUUUAUUUUCAAAGCAAAAGGCGACAUCAAACCUUUCUUUCCAUCUGUGGCAUUAUGAGAUUGAUGUGAAAAGAAUGUUCUAGAUUAGUAAAUCCUGCUGUCACAUGGUAACAAAAACAAGAAGAAAAUGACUGCAUGCUCAAUGCAGCCCCCUUCAGGCCCUCCAGGAUGUUGCGACGUCAACUCACGCAGAUUAUAUUAUUAUCUUUGAUUGAUUGAGACUUGUAUUAGUAGAUUGCACAGUACAGUACAUAUUCCGUACGAUUGACCACUAAAUGGUAACACCCCAAUAAGUUUUUCAACGUGUUUAAGUCGGGGUCCACAUUAAUCAAUUCAUGGUCAUUCAUGUCCUAUUCAUUUGUGGGCGGCGCUCAAACACGCACGUCAACUGUCUAAUCCAGGGGUGUCCAAAGCGCGGCUAGGGGGCCAUUUGCAGCCCGCAGCUCAAGCUUUGUUGGCCCGCAACAUGUAAAAAAACAACAACAAUAAAAAUCUAUAAAAAAAAGAGCAAAAAGAUGUAAUAUAAUGAGAAAAAAGCUGAGACAACAUUUAGAAAGUGCUGCUCAAGUGGCCUUGUGGUUAGAGCAGGGGUGUCCAAAGUGCGGCCCGGGGGCCAUUUGCGGCCCGCAGCUAAUUGUUUACCGGCCCGCCACACAUUCUGGAAAUGCUAUUGCAAAAAUAAAAAAGAACAUUAAAAAAAGUGGAAUGAGGUGAAAUCUAAUGAGAAAAAGUUGCAAUGUUGACACAAAAGCUGCCAUGCAGGCUGUUUUUCUCUUUUGUCUUUUUUUUCUUUUUCUUUUUUUGCCAUUGCUCAAAAAAAAAAAAAGACAAAAAAUCCAUCAUCCAUCCAUCCAUCCAUCUUCUUCCGCUUAUCCGAGGUCAGGUCGCGGGGGCAGCAGCUUAAGCAGGGAAGCCCAGACUUCCCUCUCCCCAGCCACUUCGUCCAGCUCCUCCCAGGGGAUCCCGAGGCGUUCCCAGGCCAGCCGGGAGACAUAGUCUUCCCAACGUGUCCUGGGUCUUCCCCGUGGCCUCCUACCAGUCGGA